AUCCAAAAGCCCAAUUGUACUGUGGUAGUGACGGUAAAAUCAAUGGUGUUUGCUGUAAAGGAAAUGAUGGUAGAAUAAAUUGGGGUUGUCCUUGUGAUAAUGGUGGCGAUAGUUGUGAUGGUUGUACAAAUUGUGAUGACAGUGGUUGUGCAAGUUGUACUUGUGUCGAUUGUAUAUGUGGUGGCAGUAGUUGUAUAAGUUGCGCAUAUGGUGAAGAUGAUUGCCCAACUUGUACUUGUGGUGAUGAUUGUGUAAGUUGUACUUGUGGAGAUUGUGAUAGUUGUGUUUGUGGUGACAAUGGUUGUGUAAGUUGUACUUGUGGAGAUUGUGAUAGUUGUGUCUGCGAUGGUAAAACUAAUGGCAUUUGUGAUAACAUAGUUGGUGGUGAUUGUAAAUAA